AUGAGGGCAAAAGUUCCCAGGAACUUCAAGAGCCCUGAUACGGACCUCUAUGAUGGGACCACAGAUCCAAAGCAUCAUCUAAGUAACUUUAAGAGUCGGAUGUACCUGGCCGACGCUUCUGAUGCCACUCACUGCAAAGCUUUUUCGACCACCUUGACGAAAGCAGCGAUGAAGUGGUUCGACAGCCUCCCUCUAAGGUCGGUCACGAGCUUCGACAACCUCUCGCGGAAAUUCCUGAUGCGGUUCUCCAUCCAAAAAGACAAGGUAAAACACGCACUGAGCCUCCUGGGUGUGAAACAGGAGGUCGGAAAGCCUUUGAGAAACUACAUGGAAAGGUUCAACAAAGCGUGUUUGAAAAUUCAAGACCUGCCCACGGAGGCAGUAAUCAUGGGCCUCGUAAAUGGACUCAGGGAAGGCUCCUUCUCUCAAUCCAUAUCAAAUAGGCACCCUACCUCCCUGAACGAUGUAUAG